AUGGUGAAGUUUGGGGAAUCGUGUGGAUACUCCGUGAAUCUGACGUGUAAGCUGUCGGGUAAGGAUCUCGACGUGCUGGUCACGGUCAAGUCCGAUGAAGAGCUCCGGAGCGUGGUGGAGGAGCACGAGAAGUCGUCGUCGCCGGAGGCGAAGAUUAGGGCGGUGCCUUUUUCGGCCAGAUCUGGAAAGAAAAUCACCCCGCCGUCGUCUCCAAUUUCGUGCUUCGACUUCCCUUCCGCCGCGAAGGUGCGCGGCGCUGCUCCUCCCUCCGCCACCAUCUUCUACCGCGUGUACGCGCCUCCCACGGCAGUGAGGCGGUGCGCGUCUCCGGUCGUUGGGUAUCUCGUCGUCGCCGGGAAAAGCCGUUAUUGCCAGGCCAGGGCUUACCACGUGCCGAUUAGGAAUUAUUCUCAAUAG